GCAAAGAUACUUAAUCGUUACGAUUAUUCCCAGAACGAAAUUGUUAUCGUUGUUGGACUCUGAACUAAACGUCGCUAUGCAAACAAAAGGAUUGAAACUAAACUGAGAAUUAAAAAAACAUGGAAGGAAAACGUAGAUAGAUAAAAAUGGCCCAACUUUUAUUCAUUAUCGAUAUGUUAAUUUUUAAGAACUAGAUUUUAUCUUAACACGAUGAAAUUCGUUUAUGAUUGUAUCAGAUACCAAGUCACUCCCACUUCGUAAUUUGAGUGAUGCAUGGUUCAUUUUUUAUUUGUUAAUUUGUGUGUACCUAUAACAUUCUCGCCGUCGAACGUCACGUAACGUCAGCGAUACGUCAUAUCGACAGCUGCUUACCGUUGUAGUAUCACUCAGGUAGUGCAGGCUGAAAAUGGCUGUUGAUACUGAAAGGUUUCAUCGCGCUGCUAGAGACGGUUAUUUAGAUUUGUUACAAGAGUCGACUCGAAAAGAUUGCAACACUCAAGAUGAAGAUGGCAUGACACCUACCAUAUGGGCUAGUUACUACGGAAAUUUGGAGGCUUUGAGGUUAAUUGUUGGGAGAGGAGGAGAUCCCGAUAAGUGUGAUUAUUACGGUAAUACGUCGUUACACUGUGCAGCAGCUAAUGGACAUUUAAAUUGCGUAUCCUUUCUUGUAAAUUUCGGAGUUAAUUUAUGGGCGUUAGAUAAUGAUUUCCAUACAGCGAAAGAUAUAGCGGCCAUGAGACAACACGAAGACAUUUUGAAAUAUCUGGAUGAUGCAAUUACAAAACAAAGCAAUUUGAAUAAAAAACACGUGCAGAAGUUGAAAGAGAAAGCAAUUAAAGAUGCCGAGAAGAGAAUUAAAAUAUAUAAUAAGCUGCAAAAAAAGGCGGCUAAGAAAGCGGAAAGGGAUGAGAAAUAUUUAGAAAAGGAAAGAAGGAAAAUGUCUGAUGAUCAGGCAAAUUUAGGAAUAGGAUCCUCUCUAUUGCCUAUAAGAAAGGAUUCUAGACAACUUUACACGUCGCCCAGAUUUUCAGAAAUUGUUAAUUACUCCGAAACGAAUUCUAAGAAAAAAGGUUUUAGCGCUGUUUCCAAGAAGAUACUGCAGAAAAGAAAUAUUCCACGUAAUGAAUUUAAAGUGCGAGAAGUUGAACAGAAUGGUAAAAAGUCGAUCCGUUCUCUCUCGGGACUAAAAAGAGAUUCUGAGGUAAUAUAUAUACAGACAGACAGACCUCAUAUGAAAGACGUUUUUGAUCAGCAAAAUAAUUUAGAGAGAUCCAUAAGCGAACCCGGAUACCUAAAUUCUGAAGAAAUUCUGUCACAGAAUAGUAGUAUAUUUGACAGACCAGGAUUUGGUAGCGUUGCUUUUCGUAAUUCUAUGUACGGAACACUCUUAUCCAUUCCUCCUAAGGAAAUUCAAGAGGAGGAGGAGGAGGAAGAAGAUAGCAUAGGAAGUGCUGGAAGUCUAGCUCAAAGAAAUACAAAUCUACCUUGGGAUGCGGACCAAUUAGAUUUAGACGACAAAGAGGAAUUAGAUUUAACAUCUUUAAUAAAUUUUCUGUCCAGUCAAGGACUUAGCGAGUACAUUCCUAUAUUUACGAAAGAAAAAAUUGAUUUAGAUACUUUAUAUAUAUUAACUGAAGAUGAUCUGAAGAGUCUCGGUUUACCCUUCGGUCCUAGGAAAAAGUUAUCAAAGGCUCUGCAAGAACGUAAACCCAAAGAAGAAGAAACUGACGAAGUUGUCGUUUCUUACUUGUAAAAAUUAUAUAAAAUUACAGCAAAAAUUGUUUUUUACUCGUGUGCCAAAGAUUUAAUUUGUGAAUAAACACGUUAUUUUAAAAA